AUGGCGAUGGAUAUUGAAAGUGACUCGCUCUCUGGAGCAAACGUCGUGAAUGGCCUUGAUAGUGGCCAACCGCCGCCACCGCUGCAAGGUGAAGGGUCUCAGCCGUUUUUUCGGGAUACGCUAAUGGGAGGUGUACGCCAGACCCAGACUCGAGAGGUUGAAGAUAUGUGGCAGACAGGGAAAAUGAAGGUGGCUUUUGUUAAUGGAAAUAGACAAUUGCCCAAGCUCUUUGUGGAUAAAUCUGUCAUUGAUGGCAUGUGUUCACCAUGGCAGGAUGCAUUAGUGGUGGGUUUACUGGGAAAACGCCUUGGUUUUCGUACAAUGAAAAUCAAACUUAGCAAUAUGUGGAGACUGACAGGGGACUUUGAACUCCUGGAUGUAGACAAUGGUUUUUUCUUGGUAAAGUUCGACCAAGAGGAGGACAAAAAGAAGGUGAUGGACGGUGGACCGUGGAUGAUUUUUUAUCACUAUCUGGCGGUGGCUACUUGGAAUCGGUCGUUUAUUUGUCCAGUAGCACAAAUAAAGUCGACUCUGGCUUGGAUUCGUAUACCAGGGUUGAAUGUCACGUACUAUAAUGGAAGCUUCCUGCUGUCCAUGGCCAGGUUGAUAGGGAAACCUAUUAAGGUGGAUAGGAACACUCUGAGUGCAGAGCGAAGGAGAUUUGCUCGAAUAUGUAUUGAGAUUGAUCUGACAAUGCCUGUGGUGGGGAAGUUUUGGUUCGAGGGUUUUUGGUAUAAAUUGGAGUAUGAAGGACUUCACAUCAUUUGCCCAAAAUGUGGGUGCUAUGGGCACCGUGGACGAGAGUGUGUGGUGACGGAAGGAGGUGACUCGCAGCAGCCAGAGCAGCCUCCAAGUUCGACUCCGGCGUCAGAGGCGCCGCUGAAAGCUACAGAAACCCUAAUUCCCACUCAGCCGACAGGUCCAGAUAUGGAAACCCCGAUAAAGCCGGCGGGGAUUGAUCCAAUCAUUGUGGUCGUAGCGGAAUCGCAGGUGACUAAUGAAAGUGCAGUUACUGCAGUGGACCCAGCAAAUCUGGAGGUGCAGGUGAUUGGCUAA